AUGGGAACUUCCUCAACCAGGAUGUGGAUGAUGGCUGGCAGCUUGUGGAGAACAUGCAACUCCAAUGGAAGCUAUGGAGAAGAGUAUGAUCGCACCAAUCGGAGCUCGACCCACCACUCGAUCGAGUCAGAUGAGAAAUUGAGAAAAGAUGUUAAGGCAUUGAAUGAGAAGUUGGAUAAGCUGAUCUUAGCUCAGUCCACAAUGAAGAAAGUCAACUUUGUGUCUGCUGAAGAGAUGGAACCAGUCCAAGAAGGGGAGGAUACACAAUUUGCUGAAGUGUGUUACAUGAGCAAUGGGCAAGGAGGUUACAACAAAGGAUACUAUAAUUACAAGUCCAACCCUGCCAUGUCAUACCGCAACACUGAUGUUGCUAACCCUCAGGACCAGGUCUAUCCUCAACACAAGCUCGAUCGAGUCAAGCCCACAACAUGGGUAUGGUCAAAAGAACAAUUACCAAGGACCCCAAGGGACUUUUCCUGGUCAACAAAUGAACAUACCACCUGGCUUUCCCCACCAACCACCCCAGCCUGCACCUACGCAAGAGAAUGA